AUGGUUACAGCAGGACCGUCCUGGAAGUGGAUGCUCAAUGUUCUGCUCACAGCCCUGAUUCUGGGGGUCACAGUGCCUGUCCUUGCAAAUGAUGUUGUUUCCUGUGACAAACCCUCUGCUACUGGGCCCUCUGGGAGCAAUCAGGACCUUGGAGCUGGGGCCAGGGAUAACACUAGGGAAGACGACAGCAGCAGCCGCAUCGUGAAUGGAACCGACUGUGAGAAGAAUUCCCAGCCAUGGCAGGGGGAGCUGUUGCUGGGACCCAACCAGCUCUACUGCGGGGCCGUGUUGGUGCAUCCGCAGUGGCUGCUCACGGCAGCCCACUGUAGGAAGCAACUUUUCAGAGUCCGUCUUGGCCAUCGUUCCCUGUCACCCAUGUAUGAAUCUGGGCAGCAGUUGUUCCGGGGGAUCAAAUCCAUCCCCAACCCUGGCUACUCCCACCCAGGCCACUCCAACGACCUGAUGCUCAUCAAACUGAACAGAAGAAUCCGUGAUUCUCAGUAUGUCAAGCCCAUCAACAUCUCCUCCCAUUGUCCAUCUGCUGGGACCAGGUGCUUGGUGUCUGGUUGGGGAACAACCAGCAGCCCCAAAGUGAACUUCCCCAAGGCCCUCCAGUGCUUGAACAUCACUGUGCUAAGUGACGAAAGGUGCAAGAAGGCAUACCCAGGACAGAUAGAUUGCACCAUGUUCUGUGCCGGUGACGAGGCAGGCAGAGACUCCUGCCAGGGUGAUUCUGGGGGCCCUGUGGUCUGCAAUGGCUCCCUGCAGGGCCUUGUGUCCUGGGGAGAUUUCCCCUGUGGCCAGCCCAACAAACCCGGGGUCUACACCAACCUCUGCCAGUUCACCAAGUGGAUCCAAGAUACCAUCCGGUCCAACUAAUGAGUCGUCCCAGGACCCAACGUGCUGGCAUCCCCCAGCCCCUGCAGGGACCCCAACAGUCCUUCCAGAUCCCUAUUCCUUCCCAAGGAUGCUGAGGAUGUUGAUCUUUCUAGUUCCUGUCCCCAUGUGUCCUGGAAUCAGAAUCCCCUUCCCCAGCAGAGGACUGAGCCCGUCUCUCUAUUUGGAUCCUGGGGACAAUUCCCACAAUGACCAGGGCAGGGUUGCAUCUCAGUUUCCCCAGUGCUUCUGUCCUCAAGCCCAGAAACCAUCUCUUCUCUGCAGCUGUGACC